GCUCCCCGCCGGCGCGUAAACAACGUCGCUUGCUUCCUCUGCCGGCCUCGGUUUUACUCGGGAGGGAUUUCCAGACUUCUGUGUUCGGUGGACGGGGAUCUGCAUCGGCUGGGAUGCAGGAGGAAAUGCACUUGCUGAGGAAUUCGAUGGCGUUGAUGGCCGGUUUCGACGGUGAAGCGAGGCGUCCGUCCCGAUCCCAAGGGUGAAUCGCAUCUGGUUCCUUUCAUCGUCGUGUGGGAGAGUCUUCUCGGAGUCUCAUCCGAUUAUUUUUCUUCGCCCUCGCCGGUCGAGCGAGAGUUGCGCGUGUGUGCCUGCACGGAUCCAACGCGAUCUUCCGUGGAUGGCGUGUCUCGGGGCUCUUCUCGGGCUUUUGGCCCUCACGCUAUUUUCUGCAGCCCAGACAACGAAGGAAAGCUCCUUGGGAUACCUGUUGACUGCGCCGAAGGUUCUCCGCUCGAACUCCACCGAGCUGAUGUGCCUGUCCGUCGCGAACGCGGAGGGAGGCGGGAGGGCCGAGCUGACCCUGACGGGGGAGGUGGCGAAUGCCACCCUGGCCACCCUCGAUCAUUCCUUCGCUAAAGGUACCCUGGAUUCUCAUUGAAAUCCCGCUGCGGAAUUUC